ACUUGGAAAAAGAAAUCCCCACAUGUGUAGAGAAUGAAGAUUAUUUUGAGAUCAUACCAGACAUAUACAAUCAAUUGUAUGUACAAUUCCUCAAACAAAACGAGAAAAUGCUCUCCUUUAGUGGUCAGGUUAACUCAAGUGAAGAAGAGACAAGAGCACUUCAAGUGGACUUGGUGAAGUCCAAGGCUCAAAUAUGUGGCCUAGAGGAUGAGAAGAAGUUUCUCCUUGAUUGA